AUGAAUAAUAUUAAUCUUGUUGAUUGGUUAUCUGAUAAACUUAUUUCUAAAAAAUGGGAAGAUGCUGAAAAUCUUGUAAAUUUCUUUACAAUAACAAAAUGGAAAGAUUUCAAAGGUUAUAAUCUUUCUAUAAAUCGUCUUUCUGAUUUACCUGAUGAAUUUUGCAAAUUAAUAAAAAAAUUAAUAGUUGCAUUUGAUUUUUAUUUAGAAGGUAAAUAUGAUAAAGCAUUUACGGAACAUGCUGAAGCAAUAAAAGUAUUAACAGGUGAAGUUAGCAAUAAUAAUAAAACUAAUUGGUUUUUACCAAUUGUUUAUGCUUUGGCAGAUAAUCAAAAACAUCUAGCUGGAAAGAUUGGUUUAAAUGACUACGAUUCAAGAAGGAAUGAAGCAUAUUUAAACUGUAGUGGAGUUAUAAGAAGUAUUCUUACAAUGUGUUCGGGUGACUCAAAAACAAGAAAAGAUAUAUCAAAACGAGUUGGUUUGGUAAAUAUUCUUAAUCAUUGUAUGAGAUUAGGAUUUUUAACAUCUAAUUUUACUGGUCUUGGUCCUGUCAUUAAUUUAAUUGAAAAUGAUGAAGAAUUACAAGGAUUUGCUACAAAAAAAGAUUUAGUAAUGUAUAAUUAUUACCUUGGUAAGCAUAGUUUGUUUGAAGAUGAACUGGAACGUGCAGAAAAAUGUUUGACAUUUGCCUUGUAUAAUAAUCAUCCUGAUUAUACUGAAAAUAGGAAGAAAAUACUUGUUUAUUUAAUCACUGUAAAGUUAUUACUGGAUCAAGCACCACCAAAAAAAUUGUUAUGUGAAAGUGGUCUUGAAGCAUUCCUUCCUGUAAUUCAGGCUGUUGUUGAUGGUAAUCUUUCACAUCUUGACAAGGCAUUAGAAAAACAUGAAUCAUUUUUUAUUCAAUAUGGUAUUUUAUUACUUUUAGAAAAGUUAAAACAAACAACAUUUCUUAUACUAUUUAAAAAAAUGUACUAUGAUGUUUUUAAUUGCCAACAUUUGAUUCCAAUUAAAGCAUAUUAUUUGGCAUUACUUGCACAAGAUUAUACAGAGUAUGAUGAAAAAUCUGUUGAAGCAUUAUUAGCUGUCAUGAUUAGUGAGAAAAAAAUAAGAGGAUAUCUUUCACACUCUCAUAGAAAAAUUGUGCUUUCUAAACAAAAUCCAUUUGGAAGUUAA